AGUACAAGGGCCAACAACAAAAAAUUUGUUAAAAAGGCGACAAAGUGCAUUACAAGGGCCAAAAACAACUUUUCUAAACACACACACAAGCGCUGAAAGAAGAGCCAACGAACUCGUGCAGCGACGCCCAAGAAUGGUACAGGGCAAGGCAACAUGAAAAUUACAGCAACAACGAAAGCAGAAAAGAAGUAGAGAAGAAGCAAAGACGCCGUGCCGAUGCCGAUGCCGACGCCGCAGCGUACAACAGUAUUUUAUUAGCGGGUGUUGUUGUCAUAUACACAUGCCUCCCAUUAACUCAACGUUUAUGCAGCAUAUGUAGACCAUAGAGAGCACCGGCAAACACACAUUUCAAAAGAGCCCUGACGACGCCCUGUUCUGCAGCGGAGAAUUAAGAUUUUAAUUUAUUUUGUGAUAGUUUCUAGUUUAUUGAUAAGCUUUAAAGAAACCAAACAACGAUUGCAAGCCAAAAAGAAAACCAAUAUCGAAAUAACGAAAUACCCAAAAACCCCCCAAACUCGAAACCGAACAACCGAACAAGCUUCAAAUUGUAAUGAUGCAUUCCACAAGCACCGAGAUCUACAAUAUGGGACGACCAUAUUAUCUGGCCUUGCUGUUGAUCGGCUGCCUGGCAUAUCCGGCCUGCAUUGAGGCCUGCUCCAGCCGCACGGUGCCCAAGCCGCGUCCUUCCAUAUCGUCUUCGAUGUCGGGUACUGCAUUGCCGCCCACUCAGGCCCCAGCAACGACAACCACCAUGCGCACCACAACGACGACUCCAAGGCCCAACAUAACAUUCCCCACGUACAAGUGUCCAGAGACUUUUGAUGCCUGGUACUGCCUGAACGAUGCCCAUUGCUUUGCCGUGAAGAUCGGGGAUCUUCCUGUAUACAGCUGCGAGUGCGCCAUCGGAUUCAUGGGUCAGCGGUGCGAGUACAAGGAAAUCGACGGCUCCUAUCUGCCCAAGCGGCCGCGUCCCAUGCUCGAGAAGGCCAGCAUUGCAAGUGGUGCGAUGUGUGCCCUGGUCUUUAUGCUAUUCGUAUGCCUCGCAUUCUAUCUCCGAUUCGAGCAGCGCGCUGCCAAGAAGGCCUACGAGCUGGAGCAGGAGGAGGAUGACAAUGAGUACGAUCAAGGCGAUGAUCAGGAUCAAUGCGAGUGCUGCCGCAAUCAAUGCUGUGCUGCCGGCGACGAGCCUCUCGUCCAGGAACGCAAGCUGCCCUAUCACAUGCGGCUGGAGCAUGCCCUAAUGUCUUUUGCCGUCCGUCGCACCACAAAACUGUGAAUCAAUUGAACGCGGACCACGGACACAGACACGAACGACAGAUCACUUGGAAUGAAUAUGCCUUGGGUAACAGGAAAACUGUUCCAUUCAACGAAUUUUUAAUGUGCUUUAGUCGGAAGUCCUAAUUCCUAUUUACUAAUUGUUAAUUGUAAAGUGUCCACAAACUACUGUCCACAGUCGGGAAAGAGAUCUUACUAUAGAAGAGAAUUCCGCUCUCUCGUUCCAGACAAAUGCAUACUAGAGCAAGCCUUUUGUAUUAUCGAAUCGAAUGUAUUUUUAUACCUUACGCUAGCUAUUUAUUUUAUCCUGAUAUACGUAUCACACACACACAAGGAGAAACACGCGCCAAGUAUUAUUUAUUGCGAGAAAAAAAUAUACACAAUUAUUUGAACAAAUUCUGAAUAAACAUAAGAAACUGCACGAUGCAUAUGAAUGUUUAA